GUUUUGGCUUCGCUGUCAGUGAAGAAGAGUAUCGCGAGAUUACCGUUCUCCCGCGUUAUCAACUCUCGGAAGAGCGCUCUUCUUCUACAUGUGGGUGAACGUCAACAAGAGCCUCGCGAAUAAACUGUGAGCCUCGGCGCGACAAUGACGGAGGACGCGUCGGAGACCGUGAAGUGUCCGGUUUGCGCCGGUGACUUCGAUCCAGACAGAAUCAACGCGCACUUAGACGAGUGUUUACAGAGCGCCGACGCUCAUCACCACACAGCUCCGCGCGAACCGGGACCUCCGUCCAAAAAAGCCCGCACCGACACCCCCGACACCCGGCCGGCCGCCGCGGUGUUCUCCGUGUUUCAAAGCAGACCGAAGCAGACCGAGCCUGUGGUCCAAGACCCCGCGGGGAGCCCAGACCCGGGCCUGAGAGCGAAGGGUCCGGACGGAGCCGGGGCAUCUUCUCCCAGAGCCCUGAGGCUGAAUAAUGACAAACCCCUGGCGGAGCUGUUGAGACCCAGCACUCUGGAGGAGUACUUCGGUCAGAACAAGCUGAUCGGAGAGCAGACCCUGCUCAGAUCCCUGCUGAGGUCCCAGGAGAUCCCUUCCCUGAUUCUCUGGGGGCCUCCCGGCUGCGGAAAGACCACUUUGGCUCAUAUUAUAGCCAGUUCCAUUAAGAAGAAAGGCACGGGACGCUUCGUGACGCUCUCCGCCACCAGUGCAUCCACCAGCGACGUGCGAGACGUCAUCAAACAGGCCCAGAACGAGCUCCGUCUCUUUAAGAGAAAGACCAUUCUGUUCAUCGAUGAGAUACAUCGUUUUAACAAAUCCCAGCAGGACACCUUCUUGCCUCACGUGGAGUGCGGGACGAUCACUCUUAUCGGCGCCACCACAGAGAACCCGUCCUUCCAGGUCAACAGUGCUCUUCUGAGCCGCUGCAGGGUUCUGGUUCUGGAACGUCUGUCGGUGGAAGCGAUGGCCUCGAUCCUGCGCCGGGCUGUAGACUUCCUGGGACUGCAGGUGCUGAGCGGGGAUGCUUCAGAGGUCUGCUCAGAGUCUCAGGUGUGUAUCGAGCAGAAGGCGCUGGACACGGUGGCGCACCUGUGUGACGGAGACGCUCGGGCCGCUCUGAACGGUCUGCAGCUGGCGGUUCAGGCGUGUGUCGCUCAGGUGCGCACGGCUUCAGCCGAACACGGCUCCGGCCCGCAGCCGAUAACGGUGCUUGAGCAGCACAUCAAAGAAGGACUCCAGAGAUCCCACAUCCUCUAUGAUAAAGCAGGUGAGGAGCACUAUAACUGUAUCUCAGCCCUGCACAAGUCUAUGAGAGGCUCCGAGCCCAGCGCUGCCCUCUACUGGCUGGCCCGAAUGCUGGAGGGUGGUGAGGACCCUCUGUAUGUGGCCCGCAGACUCGUGCGCUUCGCCAGCGAGGAUAUCGGUCUGGCAGAUCCAGCAGCACUCACUCAGGCCGUAUCAGCCUUCCAGGCCUGUCACUUCAUCGGCAUGCCUGAGUGUGAGGUGAUUCUGGCGCAGUGUGUAGUUUAUAUGGCCCGAGCGCCCAAGUCUGUGGAGGUGUACAAGGCCUAUAACAAUGUCAAGUCCUGUAUAAGGAACCAUCGGGGCCCGUUACCAGCCGUCCCCCUGCACCUACGCAACGCUCCCACCAAACUGAUGAAGAACCUGGGCUACGCCAAAGGAUACAAGUACAACCCCAACUACAGCGGACCGGUGGAGCAAGAAUAUCUCCAGGAACUGAGCGGCGUCGACUUCUUCACCUGGACGGCCCCCGGUCUAUGACUGAGUUUGGGGUUCUGCUGUUGCCUUUAUCACUGUUUCUGUAUCUUCUACUUCUCACAGCGAGACCUCACGGCCGUGUUGUAAAUGAAUAAAUAUGCAUUUGCUAAUAUUAUACAGAGUUUUAUGUAAAACAUGAAGAUUGCAAACUGAUUCCCGAGUUCAAUAAAUUGAAACAAUGAGAUUGUACUUUUUAGUGCGUAAACAUGAAGCACACUGGAUGAGACUCUUAUUAUCUUACAGGAAACAGAUUAGCUUGGCUUCCUCUUCCUUUGGUUUCCUCUAGUAUUCAAACUAAAGGUUCAUGUUUCAGCUCCAGCUGUUCUACUCUCGUGUACACAAGCAAGCAAUAAUAUUAGCAUAUGCUUAAUAAAAUGAAGUCUUAUCUA